GAGCCAUGGAUAUUUCGCAACAAGAACAUUGUGAAUAUUUACUAAAUUGGCUUACUUCAAAAUCGGUUUAACAGCCGUUCAAUUGUCGAUAGUAUUUUGUAUUUUUGUGUCACCAUCACAAGACGAUUUUCUUAACGUUGUUUCACCAAGCCCAAAGAUAUUUGAGUUUAUCUUUUUUAUAUGUUUAACUAGUUAAAUAUUUAUAGUUUACGUAAGCAAUUAAAUGUUAUAAUAUUUGGUUAUGACUAAAUUACCUUGAGUGAAUGAAAGUUGAUCUAGUCAUCCAUUAGCUAUGCCAUCCAUUUCAACGACAUCUUCUCCUCAUAACACCGUCUAAUCCCACUCCCCACCACCUGAUAUGAGGGGAUCGUUAGACAGUGGUGGAGGCCAGGACAGCGGAGGAGCCAGUGGCGCCGGUCCCGGUCUAUCCCCUUGCGUUGCCAGUGGCGCGCGCAGCAAAAAGCGAUUCCCCGGGCGCUGGUCGCUGCGCCAGCUAAUCUACUCGUCGCCAUUGACGCGCAGGCGUAGCUCUGGAGGAGGCGGAGUCAGCACGUCAUCUAAGGCGCACAGGAAGGCGGAGCAUAGCGCAUCGAGUAGAGAUGUGCCAGAUGGGAAACCAGCCAAUACAUCGAAAGAUAGUGAUAAAAGUAACGUUGAACUGAAUAGAAGUACCAGUAAAUCUUCUGUAUACGCAGCUAGUACAAAGAGUACAGAAGCUGGCCAUUUCUGGGAAUGCCCUCUAUGUCUUGCCGAGCUUUCACCCGAAGAUUUUUGCGAAUUGAGCGGUUGCAGUCAUCGGGCAUGUAUUUCCUGUUUUCAGCAGUACCUGCGUGUGGAAAUCACGGAAUCUCGCGUCUGUAUAGCCUGUCCGGAAUGUCUGGAGCCGAUGCAUCCUAAUGAAAUCAGAGAUAUAUUGAACAACCCGGCGUUGUUUGAGAAAUAUGAAGAUUUCAUGGUACGCAGGGUGCUGGCAGUUGAUCCUGACACAAGGUGGUGUCCGGCUCCGGACUGUAGCUUCGCCGUUAUCGCGUCGGAGUGCGCCAGCUGCCCGAAGCUGCGCUGCGAGCGGCCUGGCUGCGAUUCCUACUUUUGCUACCACUGCAAGGCCGAGUGGCAUCCCAAUCAGACGUGUGAUGCGGCGAGGGCGCAGCGAUCGCCCAAUAUUCGUUCGUCCUCGAUCGCCUACAGUCUAGAUAGAGAUGAUAUAAAACCUUGCCCGCGAUGCCAGGUACUAAUAGUGAAGAUGGACGACGGGUCCUGCAAUCACAUGAUGUGCGCUGUGUGCGGGGCAGAAUUUUGUUGGCUGUGCAUGAAAGAAAUAAACGAUUUACAUUUUCUAAGUCCAUCAGGAUGUACUUUCUGGGGCAAAAAACCAUGGUCCAGGAAGAAGAAAAUUCUAUGGCAACUCGGUACUUUAGUUGGUGCUCCUAUAGGUAUAGCUCUAGUCGCAGGCAUAACGGUACCUGCUAUGAUAAUAGGCAUUCCGGUUUGGGUUGGUAAAAAGCUCUACGCCCGAUAUAAGACUGCAAACAAACAUAGACGUAAUGCCGCUAUAGUUGGUGGUGUAAUCGCUUCUGUGAUGAUUUCGCCGUUACUAGCCGGCCUGGCCGUGGGCAUCGGCGUGCCCAUCCUCUUGUUCUACGUGUACGGCGUGGUGCCGGUGUCACUGUGCAGGAGCGGAGGCUGCGGUGGAUCCCCCGCCGCGGACGAGGCGCCCACCCCCGAUGCUCCCGACACAUCCUCGGUGGACGCCGUCAGCUCCAAGGACGCGGUGAACCCCAGCAUCGGCGAAGCCAGUCUCAGCAUGGCUUCCGGCAGCCAGGUGCAGCUAAGGGAGGUAGAUAGAGAAAGCGCGAGCACGGUUGGGUUGGCUGGGAGUUUGCACCAAGCUAUUCAACGUCUGGAAGUUCAAGCGGACUUGGUGUCCACGCAGCGCUUGAGUUUGAGCAGUUUAACCGAGUCGGUGAACGCGAGCAUUAUUUUGGAUGAUGGCGGUGCCAGUGUCAGAGCCUUGGCCGGUAGUCUGAUGAACUACAAGACCGCCAACGGCAGUGAUUCUUGCAGCUGUGUAACCACCGAAGACUGUACUUCAGAACGUGUCCGAUUCGACGACAACAUCAGCUUCAUGGGAGCCAACCAGGCGGAGAAAACGAGCAUCGGUAGCAGCUGCAGCUUCAGAGCGCGCUGCUCUAAACCCACCGUAGGCAAAGCGUCCCCUUUGCAAGACACCCUGUCCAACGACAGCAUCUACAUUGACAUGGAAGACAACAAACCGCCGCGCAAGUUCGCCUCCCAAGCCGCCAUCUUGCGGUCGCAGUUCUUUCACUCGAUCAACGAGUGCAAGCCGGCCACGAAAAGUCUGGAUGACAAGACCAUCAUCGAAGUGUCCAACGAGACGCUGGACAAACCGCUGAUAAAAGAAACGCAGAACAUCGUGAUAUGUCAGCUGAGACCUGCUUCGUCGGAGGCUAGCGUUGACAAACAUUUGUCAAAUGAAGAAAUGUCAAAACAAGCUUCAACAGAAAGUCUGUCAAAUUGUUCCGUGCCGCUGAUUGCGGACGCGCAGAAAGUGUCAUUUAUUUGUCAUUCUGAACCGGAAAAGUCGUAAAAGUUACCACGCCCCCUCCCCCUAUACUUCGCUCGAAAGACUGAUCAGUGUGAAUUAUUAUUAACCGUUAUUUAUUGUAAAAGGCUUAAAAAGAUAUCGUCUCUCGUUUUUAUUAAUAAUAUGUCUAUAUAAGUUCGAUUGAUAAUAUUGAUAUAACGCAAUAUUUUUAUAGUUUUUUCCCUCAUUUUUAAAUGUGUUUAUUUUCGGAUUUUCUCAUUAUAUAAAGUUGCGCUAUCGCUCUGAUGAUUUUUUAAAAUUGAAGAAAAAAUUGUUGAAAAGUGUUUACAUAUUUUUUAAACGUUUACUUUUUACUGUGUAAGCGAUUAAAUCGUUGUUUAAAACGUUUGAGGAAUCCCAAAUAAAUA